AUUGGAGUUCGUCAGUUGGAAACGGACGAUCACCAGGCAAACAUGGACGAGCAGCACGCAUUUCAUGAUUGUGAACUCGCGCUGAUGGAUGCCCUCAUACCGUCAGUUAGCAAGGAUUUGCUUGUCCAAUACUGUUUUACACAAACUAAGCUAAAAUGAUGAACGGCAUAUCUUUGCUAAGACCUUUCGGACCUACACCUGCCUUUAGAAGAUUGCAAUAAUGGGAAGCUAUUGACACAAAGCUUUUGCUAGAGGCUAGAAUACUCGGCCCUCGGUCAUUCAGGUGGCCGGCCUGACUGCGGGCUCAGCACGAUGGCGCUUCCGACCGAAGCUGCUCUGGCGUCUGGGGCAAAUGGAGCACAGGCUCAGACCGAGGAUGUCGAUUGGUCAUCGGUGGACCAGGUUUCUCAGCUGGUCAGCCGCACCACCAUGGCAGCCAUGCAGCAGCUCUGGCGACAACACGCCUCAGGAAUGGACGAGCUGGGCCGGGAGUACGCGGAACGCAUGUACGAAAGCCACUCCCAGGCCGUCAGGGACAUCGCGGAGGUGAAGAACUUCGACUUGCGGCGGGUGCUGACGCUGCUCAACAGCUUCACGGAGAGCACCCGGGAGCUGGUGCUGGACGUCAUGCAGGAGAUGAAGCAGCGGGACGAUGAGUUCACGCAGCAACUCUACCAGACCACUCGCGGAGCCUUCUCCCGCAAUCUCCGGGCCGCCCUGGAGGCGCGUGACGCCUGGUACCGAGAGAAGCUGCGCGGGCUGCGGCAGCGGCACGACACGCAGCUGGCGGCUGUACGGCAUGCGGCGGCGGUGGAGCUGCAGCAGCGGCAGAUGCAGCUCAAGAUUGCGCUGGCUCGCACUCUGGCCAAGAGCGCGCGAGGGGAGAGCCCGGGCUUUGUAAUGGGCAUCCUGGGAGCCGCACGCAACGGCGCCGAAGGCGGCGGCCAGCAGACCACCACCGGCGGCGGCGUCACCUCCGCCGGCACCUCCGCCGCCGACAACCCCGCCACCACCUCCGGCGCCGCCGCCGGCGCCGGCGGCACCACGGCGGAGGCCUCCGCCGCCAUGCGCAGCAACGCCGCCGCGCUGGCGGCAGUUGCCGCCGCCAGCAGUGCCGUACCCAGCGGCGGGCUGGAGGGCGGCGGCGGCGCCAUGUCGGCGGAACUGGGUCCCGAGGCGGCCAUGCUGGAGGAGCUGUUCGAGGACGCGAAUGCGGCGGACGCACUCAACCGGGAGCUGGAGGCCUCCCUGGCUCGAGCGAAUACGGAGAUGAACGACCUGCGGGAGAAGCUGGAGGCGGCUCAGACUGCUGCCCAGGAGGCCGCUGCCGACGCGGCGCAGUGGCGCAGCAAGUGGGCGGUGGAGUCCACCAAGACGGACUCCAUCAAGCGCGAGUCCAUGGCCAUCAUCGCAAAGUGCGAGGAGCACCUGACUCAGCUGCAGCAGCACCACAUUGCGGAGAUCAGCCAGCGGGACUACCUGCUGCAGCGCUGCAGGGACACCAUCACGGCACUGGAGGCGCGGCUGCAGGCUGCCACGGCCGGCCAGCCGGGCACCCUGACUGGCAUGCUGCCCCCGUGAGGCUGCUGCCGGUAGCUUGAAUGGCUGAGCGCAGAGGUGGACGAAUAACCCAAUGGAAGAGGCAGCAGCUGCAUUUCUGCCGCUGCCUUGGACACAUGUUCUAAUCAUAAUGCAUCCGUUUACGAAUGAGUGUCAAGGGAUAGGUUGGGGCGUUGGGCAGUGCUGGAUGGGGUGGGAUGCAUGCAAGAGGCAUGCAUGCAGCGUCAUGUAGGGUCCUAGGCCAGGAACUGCGAUUGUACGGCACAUAACGCAUGAUACCUGAAGUGUUAAUGAGCAGUCUGUUUAGGAGUUUGGACUUGUACAAAGGACGGUUGGGGCUACCUAGCAUGGAAACUGAGGAAUGCACGCGAGCCGUGCAGCUGUACUGUUGUAUAGGAUAGGCGGUUCUUGUGUGGGAAUGGGCCACUAUGCUUGCGAGCAGUGGGAAGCGCCUUUACUGGUUUGGGUUUCCUGUUCCACGGUAUGCAUGCAGCUUGACGAUGUGUCAAUUGUGCUCUCAGGGCUACAGUCAAAGCCUAUAUGUGUAGGCGCUGCUGACUGCGAACUGAACUCGCGCAAAUAAUGCCAAGUAACUACGCUUUGGUGUGAAAAAACACUCUUCUGUUCGUUUCUGUUUAAAGCGCCGGUUUGUUGCUUAUGCUCUAAUAUUCCGGAGGAGCACCGUGGACGAGCAUUCGAUCAGUUUACAUUAUGCCCUUUCACAUCUCGUCUCGUCUCGCUGACGUGUCUUCAAGGCGCCUUCUACGUACUGUGCCCCGCGCCCUGGCGGGCGGUCCGACGCAGAGUUUUGGAAGGGCAACAGCGGUUGGUUUGGUUGCCACCCUAUUAAGCAAUACGGGGCGAACAGCAC